ACGUCAACGAUUAGAUAGGCUUAAUAACUUAAAUUUAUAAAAGCUCAACAACCUGUGUUCAACGUUAUUUUGAAGCUAUGAGUUCUACAUUUAUUAUUCUAGGUACUGCUGUAUUAGCUGUGUUAUUGGCAGGGUAUUUUGCUCAAAAUUACUUGCCCCCUCCCAAACCUAAAAUUGUUGGAAUAGACUUAGGUACCACAUUCUCAUGUGUCGGGAUGUACCAUGCAGUUACUGGCCAAGUAUCAAUUCUCAAAACUCAAGGAGAACACAAAUGUAUACCCAGUGUUGUGGCAAUUUUAGAUAAUGAAAUCUUAGUUGGAUAUAAAGCUGUAGCUCAAAGUGAGCAUAAUCCUUAUAAUACAUUAUAUGAUGCUAAAAGAUUCAUUGGGAAAAAAUUUACUAGUCAAGAAUUGAGUGAAGCCCAGAGACAGUAUCCAUUCAAGCUUAAAGCAGAUUCACAAGGUAUGGUUAGCUUUUCGGUUGUCGUGAAUGGAACAGAAAGGUUGAUAUCGCCUGAAGAAGUUGGUGCCCAGAUAAUACUUGAACUGAAGCACGCUGCUGAGAAGAAUCUUUCAACCCUGGUAACAAAAGUGGUCAUGUCAGUCCCUGCUGAGUUUGAUGAUUUACAGAGAAAUUUUACCAUUAGAGCUGGAUCUCUUGCAGGACUUGAUGUUUUACGUGUUAUCAACGAACCAACAGCAGCAGCACUAGCCUAUGGGUUACACAAGAAAUCAAACCUACACAAUGUAUUAGUUAUUGAUUUAGGUGGAGGCACCCUGGAUGUGUCAUUAUUAAAUGUACAAGGAGGAAUGUUUCUCACACAGGCUAUGGCAGGUAACAAUCAUCUGGGUGGACAGGAUUUUAACCAGCGUCUGUUAGACUACCUUGUGAAUACCAUAGCCUCUCGCUUUCAUCAGAAUCUUGAAGAUAAAGAGGACAUCCAGGCUCUGAGGUUAAAGGUCGAGGAGGUGAAGUUGAAUCUCACUUAUCACAAUACUGCAGUUGUAUCAUUGCAUCUCCAUUCAUUUGGGGAUAAACUAUUUUUAGAAACAGUCACAAGGGAACUAUUUGAAAAGCUGAACUCUGACCUUUUUGAUAAAGUUCUGCAGCCAAUCAACAAAGUGCUGGAAAUCACUGAGCUGAAUAGAGAUGAGGUGGAUGAAAUAGUUCUAGUUGGUGGCUCGACACGCAUUCCUCGGAUAAUUGAAAUGGUCAAACAACACAUGAAUAAGACACCAAAUACUUCUAUAGACCCUGAGUUGGCCGUGGUGUCUGGAGUUAGUAUACAGGCAGGGAUUUUAGGUGGGAUGUGGCCUUUGACUGUUAGUGCUGUUGAGUUGCCAACCAGAGUGAAUAAAAUCCAUGUUUAAAUUUCUUGUAUUAAUUUAGUUCUUAAUGGGUUUUUUUCAUGCUGCAAGAUGCUAUUAAAUCAAAAAAAAAAAAGCUAAAAUAUACUAACAAAUAGAUCAUUAAUCAAAAAUUAGGAAGACACUGUUCUAUUUUGUUAUUGUUUCAACUACUCAAGUUUACAAUACUAAAAUCAUUAAUCAAACUAGUUAAAUAUAAAUGAUCUGUCUUUACAUGGUGCUUACACAUUUUGUGUAUUUUGGAAAUGGAUUCCUAAAGUUUGAGCUUUGGUUAUGUUAUUCUUCAUUCUAACAAAGAGUAGCUGUUAUUUUUUUUUUCUAGUUAAAUAAACUGCAUUUAAAUUUAGACAGUCAAGAAAAUUAUAACUUACUAUUGUAGUUGUUUAACGGGAAAGUGCAAUACGAGGACAUUAAUCAGUUUUACAGAACAAUAAAGCUGUUAAUUUGAUUAAUUUAUGCAUGAAAAAAUUGGUCUUUGAAUUUUUGCAAAUUAUUUUUUCCAGAACUAAGCAGAUGAAAAUUGUUAGAAAACUUUUGCACACUUUUUCAAAUGGAAACUUUUCGCUUAACCACAAGUGCCUGACACUAUAUCACAUAUGUAAGCUAAAUAUUUUAAACAUGACAGGUGCUUGAAUCCAUUUUAACUGAAGGAACUUCUGUAUAAGAAUAAUAUGAAACAAUGGAAUGCCCGCUGUCAUUCAUAAAAAAUAAAAAAAAUACAUAAGACAACUCUUUUCAAUAUUAUUGGAACUAAUAAAUCAAUCGGAUUUUAAAUCUUUAGUUCUAUAAAAGCCUUGAAAACAUAGUUCUUUUAAAAAAAAUGAUGAAAAGACUGAGUUUGGCUAGUCCUGCAAUUAAAUUAUUAUUUAACAAAAUAGACUGUUAGUAACCAGUUGACCUGCAUAAAUUGAUAUGAUUAGUAGAAAGCUGCUACCUAUUUAUGCUUUUGUUUAUAUGAAGAAUUGAGUUGUACAUUUUUUUCUCCUAAAAGUCAUUUUAUACAAUUUUUGCAAUGCAGUGUUAUUUGAUAUGAUUUUAAAAACAUGACUAUCAUUCCCAUAUCUAAAAACAGAUUCUGUAUUGGGUUUUUUCAUUGUUAAAACUUAUCGGCUGGUCUGAAAGAUCUUAAGCUAAACCUCUUAUGAAAAUUUAUUUUGAUAAAACAACGUGUAUAAAUUUAUUCCUAUGUGGUGUAUGUAUGUCCUAGACAAAAGUCUAAAGGUUUGAACCAAACUUGUUUAACACACAACAUUGGUAUGCGAUGAAAAAAUAUUUAUAGCCUUGUUUAACCUCACUGCCAUGGAAUUUUAAAUUGAUUUUUACUUUCUUUACCUUGUUCUGUUCAAGUUGCUGGUUUAAGAGUUAAACUGUGGGAGGGGGUGUGUGUGGAGUGCAUUUAUGUAUGAUAAUUUAGCUGACUUUUUAACUCUAUGAACAUACUGCUCAUAGAACUAACUUUUUGAAAAUAAAUAAAAGUACUGCUAAAAAGAAUUAGAUUGGUUUGCUAAAUAAUACUGAUCAGUUGUAUUUUACUUUUAAGUGUUUUCCAAAGUUAAAUUAUAAUAAAUUAUUGGCUAGACCUAUUUAUUAUUUAACAAAAUAGACUUUGUUAAUAACUAGUUGACCUGCAUAAAUUGAUAUGAUUAGUAGCAAGCUGCUACCUAUUUAUGCUUUUAUUUAUAUUAAUAAUUGAGUUGUACAUUUUUUUUUCUCCUAUUUGACUUUUAAGUGUUUUCCAAAUUUAAAUUAUAAUAAAUUAUUAUUUAAAAUGUCAGCUACCUGUACAUGGGUACAUUCCUUGACCGUAGGAUCUGUGAUAUAAAUAUCUUUACGGUCAGUUCACAAUCGUCCAUGUCAUUUUUUUUAGGGCUUGGGUUAAUAUUUUUUUUUUCAUUUUCUCAUUUUUAUUCCCAGUUUACUCACAUUUAUUAAAUGACUUGGGCAAUUGUGCAGUGAUUGUGAAGAUAUUUGAAUUUCUUAUUCAAACAAUUGUGUAAAUAUUCUGUAAUGUUGUUAUUACUGCUGUUAAAUAUUGUUGUUCUAAUUUAGCUUAAGAUUUUUUUUUUUUAUUAGGUUAUGGGAAAAUGUUUUUAUUUAUUGCUUUGUGUUUGAGAACUUUUUGUUGAUAAUAUUAGGUUUGGUACAUUCAAGUCAUUGUUCUUAGCUAAUCUGAUAAUUAUAAGCACAUCAAGCAUUUUAGUUGUUCUUUUAUUAGCUUUGGUUGGUAAGAUUUUGCAUAAGCAAAUAUGAGAGGUCAUGGGUUGAAGUUUCCUCCUAACAUCAUGGAAAAAAACUUUUCCAUUUUAUUGACCGAUUAAAAAGAAUUGACUUCUUUUGUAGUUGACAAUCAAAUUUAACAAAAGUUCAGUUUUUUGUUUUGAGUCUGUUAAAAGUUUACUUUUCUUCUGAUGAAAGUAAAUACUAUUGCCUGUCUUGCAUUUUUUAUGAACCUUGUCAUACUUUUAAGGGUACAUUUUGUUGACGUUUUUACUGUGAUAUUCUGAUCACAAUAACUAAUAAAGAUUUAAACCAAAAAAAAAAUAUUUAAUUUAUUUAAAAGUUUAUUCUAAAAAAAAAUGUGUAUUUAA